AUGAUCGCCCCCCGUGAUAACUUGCCACGCUUCUUUGGAAAGUCCGGUCCCACUGACGCAGACCCUCGCAAGACCAAAAAGGAUGGCGGUGGUAAGGGCAAUUGGGGUCGUGAUGGCGAUGAAUCCCAAGACUACGGUUAUACUUUCAACAAUGCCCGACGUCGCUCGAACAGCAGCACUCAAGGUUUGACUGAUUUUAGAACCAAGUUUGAGACUGUCGACCCUGAGCCUGUCUUUGAGGAAGGGGUGCAUGGUGCUUCUGAGGACGCGAUGGAUGAAGCUGCCAUGACCAAAGUUGAGUCUACUAGCAGCAGCAGCCACGACAGCGAGACUGAUCAGGGAGGUGUCAAGCUUUAA